AUGUCGGAAAGUUCAGUUCAUUUAUUAAACCAAGCUGCAGGGUAUGGUGUUUUAAUUGGUGUUGGAGCAUUAUUUGCUGGUGGUAUGAUCUUAACCACAUUUUUAUUGCAAAAAUACCUUCAUGAAAAUGCCAAUAGUACUGAAACAUUUUCAGUUGCAAAUCGUUCAGUAGGUACUUUCCUUUCGGCGUCUGCAGUUUAUUCAAGUUGGAGUUGGAGUACAGAGUUUUUAUUCGUAUCACUGAUGACUUAUAAUUACGGAGUUCAAGCUGGGUAUUAUUAUGGGGCAGGUCUUGCGAUUCAAAUUGCCGUAAUGAGUGUUAUUGGUAUUCACGCUAAGAAAAGGAUUCCAACCGCACAUACCUCGUUAGAAGCAGUGCAAUUAAGAUAUGGUAAGGCAGCACACUUACUUUAUUUGGUUUUGUCUUUGAUUUGUAAUAUUUGUUCUUGUCUGGCAAUGAUUUUGGCAUGUGCAUCUGGUAUCUCAAUCAUUGCUGGUAACCUUCAUAUUGUUGCAUCCACAAUGUUGAUUCCAUUUGGUGUCUUGUUGUAUACUGUGGUUGGUGGGUUGAAAGCAACUUUCCUUACAGAUUUUGUUCACACCACAGUGUUACUUGUUGUUUUGUGUUACAUAAACACCGCGGUUUUAACAUCUGACCAAGUUGGUGGAAUAGAUGGAUUAUAUGACAAAAUUAUUGAGGUUAGUAAGACUAAAUUCAUCGAGGGAAAUUAUGACGGAUCAAUCCUUACGGGUAAAUCAAAAGGGUCAGUAAUAUUUGGAUUAGUAUUAACUGCAGGUAAUUUUGGUUUAACGGUUAUGGACUCGUCAUUUUGGCAAAAAACAUUUUCAGCUAGUCCAAGAGCUACUGUUCCUGCUUAUCUUUUAACGGCAUUUUUGAUAUUUUCCAACGUGUGGCCAAUUAGUGCUAUUAUUGGCGGGUCACUGCAUUUUUUGGAAUCUGAUCCAUCAUUCCCCACUUAUCCUCGUAAAAUGACCCAAUAUGAAAUUGAUUCUGGAUUUGUCUUACCAUAUGUGUUAAAAGCAAUAUUAGGGAAUGGAGGUGUAGGUGCAUUACUAUUAAUUUUAUAUUUAGCUGUUACAUCGACUGUAUCAGCACAAAUGGUUUCAGUAUCUUCCAUUGUAUCAUUUGACAUUUACAAAAAAUAUAUUCAUCCUAAUGCCCAAAACAAAUCUAUGAUCAAUGUUUCUCAUAUAACUUGUGUUGUGUUUGGUUUAGGUAUUGCUGGAUUCAGUAUCAUGUUACAUUAUGUUGGUGUGAAUAUGACUUGGUUUGGAUAUUUUAUACCUAUGGCCAUUUGUCCAGGUGUGAUUCCAUUGAUUUUCACUGUUACCCGGGACAGACAAACCUUUUGGGCAGCAUUUAUUUCUCCAAUUGUUGGAUUUGCUGCAGGGUUAGCGGUGUGGAUUUCGACGGCAUAUCACUUUUAUGGAUCUGUCACAAUUGAAUCGACUGGCGGUCAAUUGCCAGCAUUAUACGGGUCAUUAACAGCAUUAUUGUUACCUGGAACAUUGAGUAUCAUCAUUUCAUUUAUUAAACCGGAAAAGUUUGAUUGGGAAAAAUUGAAGCAAGUCAAUUUGUUAGUUGAUGGAGAUAGUUCAUCUGAAGUUGAGAUCGAUAAUGACACCCCAACUAUCCCUAAAGAAAAACAAGAUGGAGUUGAAGUGAAUUUCGAAUCUGAUGAAACAUCAAGUUUGGAGCAACAACAGCAGUCCCAAGCUGCUUCUCAAUUAACGGUUAAAGAAAUGGAUUUCUGGAUCAAAAUCUCUACCGGAUCUGUGAUUUUUAUAUUGUUAGUUACUUGGGUCAUUUGGCCAAUGUCUGUAUAUCGAGAUUGGGUAUUCACAGCUUCGUAUUUUAAAGGAUAUGUCACCGUUGCCUUAAUUUGGUUGUAUACCACAUUGAUUGUGAUAGGAUUAGUUCCAUUUUAUACUGGAAGACAUUCAGCUGCUAAAGUGUUUAGAGGUGUUUAUAAUGACUAUAUAAAAAGAAAAUAG